CCAUCAAACUGUCUGGCGUCGCUGGGACAGAUCAGAUCGCUGUUGUCUGUACGCAUGGGGCGUGAGGAGGAGAAACUGAUGAUCAGAGGGCUGGGAGACAUCAUGAACAACAAGGUGUUCUACCAGCAUCCCAACCUGAUGAGAGCUCUGGGAAUGCAUGAGACUGUCAUGGAGGUGAUGGUUAACGUCCUGAGUGGAGGGGAAUCCAAGGAAAUCACCUUCCCUAAGAUGGUGGCCAACUGCUGUCGUUUCCUGUGUUACUUCUGUCGCAUCAGUAGACAGAACCAGAAAGCCAUGUUCGACCACCUCAGCUACCUGCUGGAGAACAGCAGCGUCGGGCUUGGAAUCCUAGUUUAUUCCUCCCUCUCUGACCUCCACCGUGGGCCUCAUCCUCUUCUGUAG